CACAAUUCCCCAUUCUCACAACACUCUGUUUUGUUCUAAGCAAUAAUAAAGAAGCGAAAUGUCAAUUAGGGGUUUUCUCAUCCUCGCCCUCUCCCUGCUCCUUCUCUCUUCAUCAAUUCUUCAAGUUGCAAGAUGUGAGCCGGACCCUGACGCAGAUAUUGUUGAGUCAGCUGAUGAAGGAGCGGAUCUCGGGAUUGUUGGUGAUGAUGUCCAAGAUUUUAGCAGUGGGAAUUUCAGUCCAGCUCCAGAAGUGGAAACAGUUUGUCUUUUUCCCAAAAACCCCUCGAAAAAUGUAGUGGCUGGUGAAGAAAGUGAACUUCUCGUUGGAAUUAAAAAUGACGGGCAAUCAGUUAUUAAUGUCAUUGCCAUCCAGGCUAGCGUUCAUCUUCCUUAUAAUUACCACUACUUGCUUCAGAAUCUUUCUACCCAGGCUUUUAAGAAUGCAUCAGUUCCCCCGUCAUCUCAAGCUUCUUUCCCUUAUAUAUUUGGCGUUAGCAAGUUUUUGCAGGCUGGUGCAUAUGAUCUUGUGGGAACUAUCGUUUAUGAGAUUGACCAACACCCAUACCAGAGUACCUUCUACAACGGGACAAUUGAAGUUACUGAGUCAGGCGGCAUGUUCAGUGUUGAGUCAGUAUUCUUGUUUUGCCUUGGAAUAGCUCUUCUUGGUCUUCUUGGAUUUUGGAUACGUAACCAAAUUCAACAAUUUUCCAAGAAAACCAAGAGGGCACCAAAGGUGGAAGUUGGAACCGGGACAACUGAUGCCUCAAUGGACGAGUGGUUGCAGGGAACUGCUUAUACUCAAUCUCAGUCCAACAAAUCAAAGAAGAAGAAGUAGAUGUGCACACUCAAACAGUUGACCGUAAGCAGAAGCAUGUAAUGGAGGUGAUGUUUUGUGUAUUAAAAUUUAGGGACUUCGAGGUUUAUUUAUUUGGAAGAAAUUAGUCCGGAAGUACCUACCUCACUCACUGUUGUAGCAGAAAACUUCCCUUUUUCUUAAGAGAGAUUCUGAAAAACCGAGAGUUCGACUUAGAAAAAACGACAGUUUUGUAAUCAUGAGAUUUUGGUUAGAUUACGGUCAUUUUGUCAAUUAAUCUAACAUUCUUCUGCUUGCUGAA